GCAGUGAUGGAGUGUGUAAAUAAAGCAGGUCAGCUCAUGAGUCUUGCGGCUCUACAGCACCAUGAUCCCUACAUAGUCAAACUACUGGACGUCACCGGACAGGUCGCUCUGUACACAUUCAAUUCUAAAGCAAACGAAUGGGAAAAGACUGAGAUUGAAGGCACAUUAUUUGUUUAUGCCAGGUCAGCAUCCCCUUAUCAUGGCUUCACCAUCAUGAACCGUUUGAGUACGGAAAACUUGGUGGAGCCGAUAAAUAAAGACUUGGAAUUCCAGCUUCAAGACCCCUUCCUGCUGUACCGGAAUGGCAAUUUGGGCAUCUACAGUAUCUGGUUUUAUGAUAAGGAAGACUGCCAGCGGAUAGCACAGCUCAUGCUACAGAUAGUAAAACAGGAGGCAUUGCGAGCACAGCAGGCCUCACCUGACAGAGGUUUGAGCAACAGCAGAACGAACGGUUGUGUUCACACCAGAUCCACAGAUAUCCUGGAGCUACUCUGCAAAGCUAAAGAGGAGUACCAACGGAGUCAUUUGAUUGAGAGAGAUGUUCAGAUGACAUCUGAAGCCUUGCAGACUCAGGAUAAGAGAGAAGACAUAACGGACCGUACCGCAAUGACAGCACCACAGGAGAAGUCAGGUCACUCAGUAGUGAAGCAGAUAACUGUGGAGGAGCUGUUCGGCAGCUCUUUACCCAAAGAAAUGCCCCCAUCAUCAAAUCUCACCCCAGCAGACAGCAUGCGUGGACUGACCUUUGCCCCUUCACCUCACUCUGUGGAACCUCUCUUGACCCCAUGCUUCUCUGCUGACCCGGGAAGCCCAGCACCAGUCUCUCUGAUCCAGGGCGUCGGCUCUAGACACCCACAGCACCCCAUCACCCCCAGAGCAGUAGAGGAGAAUGUGGGGGGGUCCAGUGGUUCACUUCCUCCUGCAUAUAUGACUCCACUCACAGAUGGGCUGCCCAAGUUCCUACCUAGCGCUUUAGUCACUCCACAGAGCUUCAGAGAGUCUGCCUGCAAAGUUUCAGCGUCCUUCACAGGAAAGAGCACAACAUCAGCACAGAGUAAAGAUGUAAAUGCUUUUACACAGCCUCAGGCUCUGGUCAAACCCAUUUCAGCAGGACCAGUUGUCCAGGGGGAGGAGUCUUCACUGCUACUGUCUCCCAGUGUUUUUCAGCAUUCUAUCACUAAGACAACAGAUGCACCCAAAAACCCCACCUCCCCUCCAUCACCCACCAGCACAGAUCUGCCAUCUGUACUGUACAGUCGAGCUCAGUUACAAGAUACACUCAUACAUCUCAUAAAGAAUGACACCAGUUUCCUCCGUUCAAUUCAUGAGGCUUAUGUACAAAGCCUCACUAAAGGCCUCAACAAUGUCAAGUUAUAGCCACACACCACUCGUCCCACCAAUCUGCUGGAGACUAUGUCUGCUACUGCGUCAACCUCUUAAGCUACAAUACUACUGGUUGGCUCUUAAUAAUGUGUUAAUGACGCCUCGUAUACUCUCAUGCCCUGAUGGCCCUUAUGAACAGUAGUUUCCCCAACCACACCUGAUUAUUGCACACAACUGGCUGUAAUAUUCCGUCCCACUGAGAUUUCCCACUUGAAACAUUAUGUAUUCUCAACACCGCCCAUCUCUUGAGCUCGUGCCAAUCUUUUGUUUGCCAGUCUUUUAAACAAUGUUGGACCCACUUCAUAAUAGGUGUCUUUAACUAUAGUUACACUAAAACAAAAAUUAAGCAUUUAAUACAACAUGGUCAUGAGAGUUUUGCAGAAGAACACAUAUAGACACAAUAAAUCCACUGUAUCAGAGGUUUUUAGUUUCUUAGUUGAGUACAUAGUAAGACACCUAAAAUAAAGUGGGAUCUUAAUUUGUAAUGCUUUCCGGAAUUCCCGCUUGGACUUGUGCAAUAUGAAGCAUUGCCUCUUUGGAGAAUUGUUGUUUUUGUUUAUGACUCUGCUUUAGACAUAUGGUAUGGUAAUGAACAAGAGAAAAUAAGUACGUUUAAUAAGCCCUGUGUUUUUGGUUUUGUGGUAUUGCAAUAGAGUUUACACGUCUCUACUGGUUCUCACAGACUUGUAAAUAACAUUGAUUUUUAGAUGUUGGAAAAAGAAUAUGAUGUGCAUUUCUUUUCUUACAAACAUGGUUGAUUAUUUUUGGCAUAAAAGACAAAUUAGUGAAAAAAUAAAUGAUAGCACGUUUAUUUUUAAAAGGUACAGUUUGUAAGCACAGGUGCACCAGUAACGGUCCAUUUAUCUAUUGCCUCUCUUUUAAUGGCAAACAAAUGAAAAUGUUUUUUUGAAAUGUGAAAUCAACAUUGAAUUUUGUGUUCCCUAAACUAGUGUGUUGUUGUAUUAGCUAGUUUAUGAAAUCAUCUGAAGACAGUAGCUGUCUGUUUAAAAAAUAAAAUAAACUGCCAAUUAUUUUUUUUAUUUAUUUUUUUUUUAUUUUUAUUUUUUUUACAAAAUAGUUUUUGCUUAUACGGUUUACAGGUUUAUCUGUAUUAUUAUUAUUAUUAUUAUUGGCCAGGCACCGAAGGUGCUUUAGCCCCUAUUGUAUCCUUUAGUAUUAUUAUUAUUGUUCCUCCCCAAUAGGGGUCUAUGGCAGCCCAUAGAACUGUACAUAGGAAAAUGAUUACAUUUGUCACACUGAUAGAGGUGGGCAUUAGUAGAACCCACACAAAAUGUGGUAUCUAUAUGACAAACUAUAGCACCACCACCAUGUCAAAAUGUACUUUUUGUGUGUAUCUUGUGAACCAUAUAUCUUAGAAACAAAAUUAUUUUCAUGUCUGAUUAUUCUCCUUCUGAUGAUUCAAAUGGACCCCUAACUCUACCCAUUACAGUGGCCGCCAUCUUAAAUUUUCAUUUGUAAUUUUUUCACUGUUUCUUGAUUUGCCCAAACAAUGGCUCAAAAUAAUCUCCAGACCGAGCCGCACAGAUUGAGUAAUACAGAAUUUUGAUUUUCGCGUUUGUUGAAAAGUUAUGCAAACACAUAAUUAACGAGGUGGGCAUGAAAUGGGAUGUGAGGCUACAUCUCCGCAAGACUGUUUCCUAUCGAAACAAAACUUUUUGUGCUUCAUCAGGACAAUGAUCUGAGGAUGCAUGCAAAGUUUGGAGACAGGGCCACCUAUGGGUCACCUAUGUUAUUUUUGCCCAUUUUUAACAGCAUGUCCAAAAAUCAUGAGGUUUGUGUGUAUGGAUUUGAUACAGUUUUUACUCAUAUCAGCCAUAUUUUCCCUGCAACAUUGAGAUUUAUUUAAAAAAAUUAUAUAUUUAAGGACAACAUCCUGUCCUGAUGAUACUUGGCAAUUUGGACAGUGCCACCUAUAGUUCUAAAGAUAACCUACACUUGUGUGCUGACUAACCUCAGGAAGUCUGUUUGCCACUCAAUGGGGAGCUCAGUGUGUUAAAAGUUCAAAAGGUCCAGCGAUCAAAUUCCUAGCUCUGCAAGUCAUGCUGUGUAAAGUUCUGUUGUUUUGGUGAUUAUUUUGUGUUAUGGUUGCUGAACUUGAUCUCUGUUGAAAAGUUACAUGAAUACAAAGUUGAUCAUGGUGACUUGUGUCUAACUAUGAUUUAUUUUCUGUGUAUGUUCCUAUUCUCUGAGACUGUUCAUCUUGUGGCAGUUUAGUGCAGUUGAUAGCACACUGGCCUGUGGGAAGGAAAAGUGUUGGU